AUAACCACCCCCUUUUAUUACCGCGUUCAAGUUCCAGGCACAUUUUUCUGAGAUUAAGUACUCAGCGUACUAAUGCAAUCUAGUUUACGUGGGUGAAUCAGCGAGUCUUUCCUAUCUGCAGUUGAUUCGUAUGAUCGUUGAAAGUGUCUCUGGGCCUUCAGAAUUUACCCUUGAUCCCCAGCGACACCAUAUACUGGAGAAUACCAUCCAGCUCCCUCGUGACAUAAAGCCGACAGGGCUACUUCCCGAUAGGAAGACGGCUGAUAUACUAGUGGAUUCAUUCUUCACAAACACAUCGGGCCUUGUCGACAUAUUUAAUAGAAAAGAUUUUCUCCGAUCUGUCGAUGAGUGCUACAAAGAGCCUCUCAACACGAACCCACCCCUUAUAUGCAUUCUAAACCUGGUGUUUGCUAUCGGUUUAGCUAUCGCUCGUCCAAUAAAUGGAACCGAUGAGGCUACCAUAAUUCAAAAGUUGCACGCUGAGCCUACCAAUCGUGCUGAAUUAUUCUAUCGAAAUGCCGAAAACAUCUACCACCCGGUGUCGGGAUUUGAGGAUGCAGACUUCUGGUCAGUCCAAGCCCUCCUCUUAAUGUCCCUCUAUAAGUUGGUAGUUUCGAAGAGGAAUGCAUCAUACUUCUACUAUGGUAUGGCAGUGCGGUCCGCCUUCGCGAUGGGACUCCACAGGGAGGAGAGCAUGGUGAUUUUCAGCGACUCGGAACGUCACAUUCGGAGGAACGUAUGGAGGACUUUAUUCGUUCUCGAUCGCUUCCUUGCGGCAUGCCUUGGCCGCCCCAUAAGCAUACCAGAGGAUGACUGCUCCGAGCAUGCGCUAGAAGCGCCGAUGAGGACCCGUACUGAUGAAUCCAUGAUGGGUGAUGAUGCACAAGCAACAAAUUCGAUAGCUUUGGAUACUGCAGUAACGAGCUGUUACUGGAUUGGAUCUACGCUUAAGAAAGUUUACUCCAAGAGAAAGGUAUCAACUCUUGUGGCGCAAGACAUCGCGGAUCACCUUGAGAACUGGGAGCGAGAACUACAUCAGAGCCUACAUUGCCAACGGAUUAAGGACGGGCCAAUCGAUUUAGCGCAAGCUGUCGCCAUCCUUCAUGUAAACCUCCUGCAUUGCCACUCUGUGUUGCUUCUCACGAGACCCUUCUUUUUAUACCUCCUCAAGAUGGGUUGCGAUGACAUAUCUAGGAAUAUUCACAAAACGGCUCAUGUUAGCUCAAGGUUAGAGAAAUUCUCUCAGACCUGUGUCGAGGCCUCGCAGCGCACGAUAAUCAUCGCCCGGUCCGCUUUAGAAGCUGGAUAUUUGCCUCAGUGUAACCCCUUUGUAAUAUAUUUUGUCUUUGCAGCGGCACUCAUCAUUCUGAGCAACGAGUUUGCUUCAUUAUAUCACAACCCUGAUGCGGAAAAUUCGAUUCACAGUGUCCUAGGCAUUCUCACGUACUGCGGAGAAAGGGACGCGCAGGCUAAAAGGGUCUACGACAUAAUCAAUAGCUUCCACAAGGCCAAUACGCAUCGUCCUCCGACAACGAGGAAAAUAUAUUUGCCCGGGAGGAAGAUACCCACGAUAUCUACGCUGUCCCAGACAUUUCCACAUGACCCGAUGUCGCCGUUUUUUCAUCAUGUUAAAGCCGAACGACAGGACCUGUUCGUCAACGAGCUACCCUCCAUGAAGGAGCGGCAAUUGAGCAUGCCGAAUAUGCACUCAGAACCCGUUAUGCCUCGUAUGAUGCCACCACCGCUCCAGCAACCCAGCCCCGAAGGGAGUGUGUCGUUGAAUAGCGGAAUUGCUGCAACCAUGGCACCAGCAAUAGAGACGCUCAGUGGCAGCGACAAUGACUUCGACUUGGAUAUACUAUGGCACGGCUGGGCGCCGCCGUCCGUCAGUAGUAUGGGUCUUCCGCCCACAUUACACCCGACCGAGCCCUUCGAUGCGUAUGGGCUUCAUCACCCGCCAAUGCCGCAGGGGAACGGCCUGAACCCUCACGUGCCGUCGUAUCCGCCAUCAGAUUACAGAUGAUCACUGGAAAACGAACAUAGACCAUACUUCUGAUCGAAGAAGCGGAUGGUCUGGUAUAAUCGAUGGGACACACAUAUCCGUAUAUAGGGGAUCAUUUCUUUGGCAUAUUAGGAAGUUCACUGUUCGGAUGAGGAUGGCGUUGGAAUCUAGAUGGAAUAAUCUACGCGCGCUACCUCGCUGGUGGGUUUCGGCGAAGGGAUAUACCUACGGACAAGGGAGUUUAGUGCGGCGCCACUUCAGGUAUACAUCUUCGGUUGUGUGUUUUUUUCUUUUACUGCGAGGUUGAGCAGGUCUCUUUUGUUCGGCUCCUAAGCAACGCAUAUUGUGGGUCAUGGGAUAAUGAGAUACCUCAGGGCAAGUUUAGCUAUACUUUCAUAGUUACCUAUAUAUGAUAUCAUUUACUUUACACA